AUGGGAGCAAUUGCAUACGAGAAACACAAUGGGUGGUCCAGCGAGCCUUACUGGAAAGAUGCCACCAUCUAUCAAGUAUACCCGGCCAGCUUCAAAGACUCAAAUGGCGACGGCUGGGGCGAUUUGCCAGGCCUCAUCUCCAAGGUCGACUACCUCCAUGAGCUUGGGGUAGAUGUGAUCUGGGUGUCGCCCAUUUUUGAGAGUCCCCAGAAGGAUAUGGGCUACGAUGUGUCUGAUUAUCAGAAGAUCUACGAGCCUUACGGUUCGAUAGAGGAUGUGGACGAACUGCUGGAUCAGGCACACCGCAGAGGCAUGAAGGUAGUGCUGGAUCUAGUGGUGAAUCACACCUCCCAGGAACACGAGUGGUUCAAGGAGUCACGAUCAUCCAGAGACAACCCCAAACGCGAUUGGUACAUCUGGAAGCCAGCGCGCUACGAUGAGAACGGUGUCCGCCGCCCACCUACAAACUGGCGCAGCUAUUUUGCCGGACCAACCUGGACUUGGGAUGAGAAAACGCACGAAUACUACCUGCACCUAUACGCGUCAGACCAGCCAGACUUGAAUUGGGAGAAUGAAGAGUGUCGCAACGCCAUCUACGACAAUACAAUGCGGUUCUGGCUCGACCGAGGAGUCGACGGUUUCCGCAUAGAUACCGUCAAUAAAUACUCCAAGCGACAGGAUUUCGUGGAUGCUCCUGUUACGGAUCCCAAAUCUCCUCACCAGUCAGCUCCCGAGAUGUGGUGCAACGGCCCUAGGAUCCACGAGUUCAUCCAUGAGAUGAACCAGAAAGCUCUUGCGCCCUACAAUGCAAUCUCCAUUGGCGAGCUGUCCAACACGCCGCAUCCCGACCAGGUGGUGCCGUAUGUCUCCGCCGCCGCCCGGGAGCUUGACAUGGUCUUCGAGUUUUCCCUCAUCCGCCUCGGCACGGGCAACAUUCUGGGACCGAAAUAUAUCUACCAGCCAUUCAGUCUACCAACCCUCAAGAAAACAACUGAGAAAUGGCAGAGCUUUGUAGAGGGCACGGAUGCAUGGACAACGGCCUUUAUUGAAAAUCACGACAAUGCUCGCGCCGUGAGCCGCUUCGGCGACACUUCAUCGCCUGAUAUGUGGAACAGAUCCGCCAAGGCCAUCGCUCUGUGGCAGGCUACACUGACGGGGACUCUGUUUCUGUACCAGGGCCAGGAGAUUGGAAUGACAAACAUGCCCUCCUCGUGGGGGAUCGACGAGUACAAGGACAUUGAGAGCAGCGGCUUCUACGCCGAGGCCGUCGAGUCUGGCGACGAGGAGCGCAUCCGCAAGACGCUGCAUGGCCUGAGCCACCUGGCUCGCGACCACUCUCGGAUUCCCUUCCAGUGGGAUGACUCUCCAAAUGCUGGGUUCACAACAGCAGAUGCGAAGCCGUGGAUGAGAGUCCACGACGAGUAUAGAUCCAUCAAUGCGGCGCGGCAGCGUGACGAUCCAGAGUCGAUAUUGAGCUUUUACAAGUCGUGUCUUCGUCUGCGAAAGCAGCAUAAGCAGCUGUUCGUGUUCGGCUCAUUUAAGCUCAUCGACCCCGAGAAUGAGUUUGUGUUUUCGUACAUCAAGAGAGAUACCAAGGGCUCCGGCAAGAAGGCGGUCGUGGUGUUGAACAUGUCAAAGGAGGUGAGGGCAGGACCCAAUAUUGCGGAAGAGAUGGAUGGGGACGAGCCUAGAUUGUUGGUCAGUACGUUGGCGCGAGGCGAAUUGGAGCAGAAGAGUCAGCAGCCAGUGCUUGCUCCUUGGGAGGGGAGGGUUUAUAUUAAUUACGAGUGA